ACUAGAUUUAUAUCGCUUUUCAUUGUUUUGCCUCUUUAUUCGCAUGGAAUUUAUCAAAAGCAACCAACGCUGUUUGACGCUAUUUAUUUGCAUUACAGUUCAGUCCGGAUAGGGGGAUCUCGCCGCGUAUAUCGCCGUAUUCCGUGUAUGAAUUAUUAUUGAUAGGAGGAGGGGAAAAAAAACGUGCAGACGGUAAUUCAUCUUUCCAGGGUUUUGGUUUAUCGAGGCUUAGUCUAGUCAGCCGCGCGUUUCAAAGCCAUUUCCAGGAGAAGCAGCGAGAAGACCGAGAGGUGCAAGCCUGCUGGAGCCGAGGACGGAUCGCCCGGGGAAGGACUCCUCGUUCCUCAGGACGAUGGUGUUGGACAAGGAAGAGGGUGUGCCGAUGCUCUCCGUCCAGCCCAAAGGGAAACAGAAGGGGUGUGCUGGCUGCAAUCGCAAGAUUAAAGACCGCUACCUGCUCAAGGCCCUGGACAAAUACUGGCAUGAGGACUGUCUCAAAUGUGCCUGCUGUGACUGCCGCCUGGGGGAGGUGGGCUCCACCCUCUAUACGAAAGCCAACCUCAUCCUCUGUCGCAGGGACUACCUGAGGCUCUUUGGUACAACGGGGAACUGUGCAGCCUGCAGUAAACUGAUCCCAGCCUUUGAAAUGGUGAUGAGAGCCAGAGAUAAUGUUUACCAUUUGGACUGUUUUGCCUGUCAGCUUUGUAACCAGAGGUUUUGCGUGGGGGACAAGUUUUUCCUAAAAAACAACAUGAUUUUGUGUCAAAUGGACUAUGAGGAGGGCCAGCUGAAUGGGAGCUUUGAGACACAGGUUCAAUAGUUGGAACCUCGUGGCAGCAACAAUCGGCUCCACACUUUACACACGAGAUGGAUGUUCUGCUGCACUUGGAAAAAGACAAGCGUCUGUCUGCUUGCCUGCAAUACUUUUUAAGACCCCUUUAUCAGUCCCUAAGGACUCUAUUGUAAAUGUUCAACUUUUUGCCCCUCCCACACCCCAACACUGAGCAGUUACAAAUUUUGAUGUACAGUUGUGCCUGCUUAGCUGAGCACUGUAUUGCUUGUAUGUUUUGUGAAAUUUAUUUCAGGUUUGUUUUCUUUUUCUUUAAGAAAUGGUUCAUUGGAGGGUAUGUACAGUCUGUUUUCUCUGUAUAUAUAAACUGGAACAUUUAUUUUAUGAAAUGUAAUGCAAUUUUAUUACUAGUGUGAAUUAAAGAUUCUUAAAUGUU